GCGGAGGAUGGUGGUGGCAACUACUACAUGGAGUGACAUAAUGAACGUGGCGGAAGGAGUGAAGCCGGCGGCGUUAAUGGUGACGGUGCAGCUAACAUUUGCGGUGGUGAACGUACUGUACAAGCUCUCUGUGUAUGACGGCAUGAACGUGAGAGUGCUUAUAGCUUAUCGUUUCAUUUUCGCCACUGCUUUCAUGGCUCCUCUUGCUUUCCUCUUUGACAGGAAAAAGAAAUCAAAGAUGACUUGGACAGUACUGUUUCAGGCAGCCCUCUGUGGCUUAUUUGGGGGAACGUUGCAACAAACAUUAUAUUUGGAGACACUGGCAUUAACAUCAGUAACCUUUUCUUCUGCAAUGUCAAAUCUUAAUACGGUCAUGACCUUCCUCUUGGCCCUUUGCUUCAGAUUGGAAAGAUUAAAUGUGAAAGCAGCAGCAGGGCAGGCAAAGAUCCUUGGAACUGUUAUUGGAAUAGGUGGGGCCAUGCUGCUAACAUUCUUCAAAGGUGCACAAAUACACACAACCUCCUUCCACGUCAGCCUCUUGCAUCAUCAUGAUGGCUACGUGGCACCAUCCAAUUCUUCCACCGGCGGCACCAUCUUGGGGGCCAUUUGUGCCUUAGGCAGCAGCAUCUCUUUUGCCCUAUGGCUCAUAGUUCAGAGCAAGAUGAGUGAGAAGUACAAAAGCCACUACACAACCACUUUCUUAAUGUCUUUGAUGUCUUCAGUGAUAUCUGUUGCCUUUGCUCUUUGCUUUGAGAGAGAUUGGAACCAAUGGACGUUAGGUUGGAAUAUCAGGCUUCUCACUGUGGCAUAUGCGGGGAUGGUGCCAUCAGGAUUAACGGUGGUGAUGAUUGCUUGGUGUGUACACAAAAGAGGGCCUCUUUUUGUGUCAAUAUUCAGCCCCCUUUUGCUUGUGAUACUGGCCUUUGUUGGAUCUUUCUUGUUAGAUGAAACGCUGCAUCUUGGAAGUAUAAUUGGUGGGGUGUUAAUAGUGGUUGGAUUAUACGUGGUUCUAUGGGGCAAAAGCAAAGAGAUGAAGAUGAAGAAUCUUUUGGUGCCACCACAGAUCGAAAUCAUUGUAGAAUCUUCUCUUGAUGAUGAAAAAAGCAACCAUGAAAACAGUAUCAAUCCUUCACAUGAAGUCAGGGACGAUGAAGAUACACAAAAUGCAAGAGUUACAGGGCAAGAUAGUACACAAAAAGGAGCCCAACAAUAAAAGCAGAGAAAUGUCUCUUUA